UGAACUUGAAACGCUUGAUCAUGUUUGGCAUUCAUGCGCUUAUCACGACAAACGGCUGGCGUUUUACGUGAUUAUUGUGGUUUGAUAGUUGCCUUGCUGUGCCUUAGCCGGAAUCUGCAAUAACAGUUUCGCAUCGGGCGCACAAAUUAGUCAGCUCCGGCGGGACAUUAGUUGCAUCGGUGCAUUCAAUCCAAUUCAAACCGAUCCGGUCGGCGAUUAGGAAUAGUGAGAUGAUAACCCCAGUGGAGGUCGCCAUAUUACGUUCUCAUAUUUAUAGUUGCGGUCUAUGGCCAUUAAGCCGUUUGACGUGAUUAAACUGACGCAGGAAAAAGCUUUGUGAUGCAAGCAGAUUGUUUGAGAAAAAUAAAACCGUUUUUAACGGUCGACAAAAGGGCAGGGCUGCCAGACUGUUAAAAUCUCUGCAAAGAUCGAUAGCAUGGAGGUGCCAUCGCCAGUCCCCAGUGUGACCGUUCACUCACUUAUUUGUUUAUGUUUUGCUUUGCCCAGAAAUGGAUCCUUCAAUUAUUGAAUUUAUUGGCGAAAAGUGCAUGAUCAGCAUUAUUCCAAACUUCUCCAACGAGCCCCUGCAUCUUAUCUACGGAUCGGUGGGUCCUUUUCGUGCCGGUUUUCCCGUCUUUGUGCCCCUGUGGAUGGCCACGCAUCUGCGCAAGCAACAAAAGUGCCGGAUUGUGCCGCCAGAAUGGAUGGAUAUGGAUAUAUUGGAGGAAAUCAAGGAGGAGGAGAAACGUUCAAAAUUCUUUACCAAAAUGCCCUGCGAGCAUUAUAUGGUGGUGGCCCAGUUGGUCAUGAGCACGGCACCUGAUGAUGUUCCUCGUUGCGAGGAGUUGCGCACUGUCAUUAAGGACAUCUUUGACAUAAGGGAAUCCAAACUGCGCACUUCGAUAGAUGCUUUUAUUAAAGGCGAAGGCACCUAUGCAAAACUGGAUAAUUUGACGCUCCUGGAGAUCCACAGUGUUCGGCCUAUCCUGCCCUAUUCCCUGGACCACAUAGCUCGCUAUCAGAGAACUGCUACAGCCUCCCAAAGGGACACCUCCAUGCUGAGUGCCUCCAUGGCGGGUUCUAGUUCCGGUCCCAAUAGCAACUCGCUGUUUUCGCAGUGAUUUAACCUUCUAGAUUAUUGAAAAUCAUUGUGGAACUGUUUGGAGAUAAAUAGAUAUGUAAGCAAAGUGCUGAAAAUUUUCAUUUCAGGAGUAAUUUAACUAAUUUUGUCCUAAAAUGUUUAGAAAUAUACGGAUUGAUAUUAUAUCAAAGAAAGUUGCCUAAAAUUA